GUUAAGUUGUCAAAGCCGUGGCGGAUCUAAUAUGGAUAUUUUUACAAGUGGAAUUCCGUUAAUUACGUCCCUGGUUAAAAUUUCUCUAAAAACAGCGGAUUGUCUUACCGCAAGUGUGUUAAGUCCUACCUCAGGUAUCACUCAUAAGGUACGAUACGGCAGGGCUAAUGUUGGUUGGGAAGUGAAUGAAUGCCCAACGCAAUUGAUUCGAUCGAUCAACCAAUCUUGAACCCCUCCAAUGACCAAUUGUAGGGAAGGUAGAGAGGGGCAGUUCCCUCCCAUCACUCACCACCAUCAAGCAACAAAACCUGUACUGCCUUUGAGCUCCGCAGCAUAGUGCUGCAUUGCAACUUGGGUCAUUUCUAACAUAGAGCCUCAAUACUUUUUUCUUGCAACUAGCGCGGAUGUGAUUAGACCGCCUUGGCCCAUAUUUUGCUCUUUGAAAUCCAUUUCAGACAAUAUUCCUAUAUUCAAGCAAGAUCCUUUCCCACAUUGAUUCCGCUCCAAAUUUCAACGCAUGCCACCAUGGGUGAACCUGUCAAGAUUGAGGAAGCUCCUUUCCCACUGACAGACGUCGACAAGUGGGUUUUGUCACAAACAGAUGAGGAGUUCAAGUACCAUGAUUGGGACGAGCUUCGGGAAAUCAUCGACACAAAUAAGCUCGAAGUACUCAAGCGGAAACCGUCAGACCUACGGCGCUACAUGAAAUGGACAGCCGAGACCAAGGCCGAGUAUGGCAGCAUGACCAAAUAUAUCAUGAUCCAUCGACUCCCUAAAACUUGGGGUGAUGUUCCUUUCACACCGGCGUCAUCGAUUCCUUUUGCAGACCCCUCCGACUACAGAGUUCUGUUGAAUGACUGGCCAUAUGGCCUGGCCUCUGGCAUCACGCACAUUGUGGUGUGGUCACGUACUGUGAUACCCACCAACCCGGAAACGGGCGACAUGACACCGGAGAGCAGGGAAACAGUGGCAAACUUUGUCAAGCGCUUUUUCGUGGAUGAGCUUGGCCCGGGAGGUGAGGAUCAGGUGAUGUGGUUCAAGAAUUGGGUCGCCCUUCAGAGUGUGAGAACCCUCGAACAUAUCCAUAUCAUGGUCAAAGACUGCGACGAGGCUAUAUUGCAAAAGUGGACGCGGGAGCUCGACUGCCACAGGUAGAGAUGGACAACGCCAUAGAUCAAAUACCGCGCCCGCAAUGCCACUUAUAGACGACAUAUAAACCACCAGCCAUUCGUCCCACUUAGAUCAUGCCGCACGUCGUUGUUUCCGGUUACUAGCAGGUUGCUGUUGCGCACCGGCUGGAUCAACGCCGCCUUUUUGCAAACCGGCCAUCUGCCGGGCAGUCCCCACCAGACCAAAUCCCUUGUAUGCAGCAAAUGCUGGGAUGAGGAGCCAGAUAAAGUAAAGUGAAUUUCCAAAGAGGAUAACGAGGACCAAUGUUGCCCACGUGACCCAGACAACGUCGAACAUGUACUCGGUUAGCCCGGAUGCUGCCAGGUCCUCACCCGAAGACUUGAGUGUGCCGUUGGCAUCGUGCUUCGGUCGACCGGCCUUUUCCAGCGUAAGCUGGCAGAUGAAGCUAGGGACGGACACGAGGAUGUAGCCCAGCAGAGAUCGCGGCUUGAGGAUGGUGUGGCAGAGCAGGAAGGUGGCAUGUACCAAUGCGGAUCCGACGUGAAGUUUGUAAAGGGUGGCCGCGUUGGACUUGGCGCGAUCUUUUUUUGCUUUUUGUGCCAUGACAAUUGGGAAGAUGAGGCUGAGAUGGUGCGUUUUGUUUGGUCGCGGAAAGAAAAAUAUAUAUAUGAUUUGGUAAUUGCAAACAAACGUAUUCGGGGGAAUCUUUGUGGCGUCUGUUCGAAAACCAAAGACAAAUGAGCCACUUGGGGGUUUUGUGUCGGAUGGCUGUCAAAGUGUGUCAAGAGUGUCAAUUCACUGAGGUACCUUACCUCAUCCGCGUGGCUUGCAGUGGACAAAUCUCCCGUCGUUAGUGUUGCCACUCAAUCGGAACGCGCGCAUGGGGCGGGAGUCCCCCGUUGCUUGGGCAGGCCCAGCCAAGACCUUUAAGCGCCCCUCGACCAAUCAGGGUGUCGGAAGAGACUGCGAACAACAACAUCGCGACGUGAGGAAGG